AAAAGUUGACUAAGCUGAAGGUCUGACAUGCUGUUGCUCAGCUGAUUCCAGCAUGACCGCCACCUCAGACCCCCCGGCGCUCCGCAGCGCCAACGCCACCUGCUGCCACCAACACCUGUCCGUCACGGCGUCGGCCGUCUCCAUGACCGUGGGCGUCUUCUCCAACAGCUUGGCUCUCUUCAUCCUGAUCCAGUCCUACAACCGGCUGAGGAUCAAGUCCAAAGCCUCCUUCCUGCUGCUGGCCAGCAGCCUGGUGGUCACCGACCUGCUGGGUCACCUGGUCAACGGCUCGCUGGUGCUCUUCGUGUACUGCUCCCAGAGGAAGUGGGAGACCUUUGACCCCCACGGCGUGGUGUGCGGCAUCUUCGGCGCCUGCAUGGUGUUCUACGGCCUGAGCCCGCUGUUCCUGGGCAGCGCCAUGGCCGUGGAGCGCUGCAUCGGGGUCACCAGGCCCAUCUUCCACUCCACGGCUCUGGCGUCCCAUCACGUCCGGCGGCUGCUGGGCCUCAGCUGGCUGCUGGCCGCCCUGGUGGCGCUGCUGCCCGUGCUGCUGCGGAGGCCGUACGAGGUCCAGAGCUCGGGGAGCUGGUGCUUCUUCCACAUGGAGCAGCCCAAAGACUGGCUGGACGUCCUGCUGCCUCUGCUCUUCUCCUUGCUGGGGCUGCUGGCGCUGGCGCUGUCCAUCGUCUGCAACACCUUGGCCAGCUGCGCCCUGCUGCACGGCCGGCUGCGCCACAGGCAGCGCUGCAGAGGAACGCCGUACCACCUGGAGAUGAUCUGCCAGCUCCUGACCAUCAUGCUGGUGUCCUGUGUGUGCUGGGGGCCCCUGCUGAUCCACGUCAUCGUUCUGAGCACCAGAAGCCGAGCGGAGUCGGUGUGUUUCAGUCUGCUGACCACGGUCCGCAUCGCCACGUGGAACCAGAUCCUGGACCCGUGGGUCUACAUCCUGCUGAGGAGGGCGGUUCUGAAGAAGAUCUUCCUGUUGCUCCACAGCUGCUGGGCCUCCAACCCCGCCCACCUUCAGUACUGGCAGCGCCGGAUGGUCGGCGGCUCCAUGGAGGCCAGCAGGUCUGCAGCAGACACGGCUGUCACGUCCAUAACCGGAGGCCUGGCCUGAAGGUCACACCUGAGCGGAGACCGAGGCUCGCCGGUCUCCACAUCACCAAUUAUUUCUCUGAGCCGCCGGCGGUGUGGAGGUCUGCGGUGUGGAGGUCUUCUGCUGUUCCUGAUCUUCAGCUGUCCGUUCUGCUUCUGCAGCUUUCACCACUUGAGACCAAAAACAUGUUUUAAAAACAUUCUUUGUGGAUUUAUGGUUUCCUUAUGGCAGCUAAAGCUCAUUUAUUGUUGCCGUUAUGACAUUUCGUCCUUCAGUCAAACAUAGAAACAUUCUUGUUGAUGUUUAGAAGCUCAGCAUUUCCACAAAAACUGUGAGAAAAAAGAGGAAUUGUUAUUUGACUGUUUAGACCACAUGUGUCAAAGUCAAGGCCCGGGGGCCGGAU